GUGCCACAUCAACAAUGCCACAUAAGUAGCAUUGCCACGUCAGCAACAUGACGGGCCUGCCAGGCCAACUGACCAAUAAGACCAUUGCCGCCUACAAGCAGCGUUGCCUGGCUCAAAUAGAGGCUGAGGAACAACGCCUGCUGGCAGUCGAGGUUGCCCGCAUACAAGCUGAAGAGGCAGCAGCAACAGAGAAACUGCGGCUACAGGCCGAUGCAGAAGCAGAUGCCCAGGCUCGCCGAAAGCAAGCCCAGGAUCUGCUGCAACGGCAUGAAGCCAACAGCAUCGACAGACUCAAGUACUGGCAUUUUCAACCGAACGGCGACGACGCAACACCGGAAGAAAAGCACAAGGAGUUCCUCUCCAAGCUCGUGACGCGGUUGUUGUAUGCUUGCAACUACCAAAGGUCAGAGUUGGAGAGACAGCACCGGGACCUGACGCAACAACAUCAGGAAUUGGCGACGCUCCGCCGCACAGUGCAGAGCCACGAGGAUGCAACUCGGGCACUCAAUGCCCGAUUGUUGGACCUGGAACAGGAAGUACCAGGACCAGCUGCUGGAGCUUCUAGCAUUGCACCCUCAAGCCGCCAACUGGAGGACCGCGUUGACCACGUAGUGGCAAUGCUCGGCGACAUUAGCACCUUCGCUGUGCCGACCACCACCAUCAGCAGUCAGCUGCAUACAUUGAAGACCGAGGUCCAAAAGCUGCAGUCGACGAACGCGGACGACAAUCCGAAGAUGUACAAGAUGCCAACUUUCAACUUGGAGAGGUUUGACGACUACACGCAGCAGGAUCCCGUCCUCUGGUGGGAAGCAUUCACAACGCAACUCAGGAUUCUGCUAAUAGCCAAGCUUGCGUACAUCGGCGCCCUGUUCCUAAACUCAAAGGGCGGAUGCUAGACCUGGUUGAGCCACCUGGCAACCUCCCACGGCAUCGACGUACCAGACUUGAAGGACGUAAUCACAUGGGAGGAACUGACACGGCUGUGGAAGAAGCGGUUCAUCGUCGACGACGCGCCGGCACUCGCCAUCAACCGUUUGUUCACCAUGUCACAGGGCAACACAUCAACACGGGACUGGCUCACGGAGUGGCAGAAGAUUGCGGCUGUGCCCAAUCUGAACCUACCAUUCGAGCAUCUACGCCGUGAGUUCUACAACAGGUCCUGUGCGGCAUUGAGCCAGGCUCUUGGUGAUCGCGAGCAGUACUCAACCUUYGCGGAGAUCAUUGACAAAGCGAGGGAGAUCAUCAAGACCAACAGGUCAGCUGCACACGAGAAAUCAACAUCAUGGCAGCCG